AUGAGGUUUCUGAUCUCACUGUGUGUGUCUCUACUGCUGCUGAUUAAUGGUGAGAGCUUUAUUUGUCAUGUGCUUUACAAUGAUAUUGUAAGUAGGUUUACAUUCAGUGAAAUGAUCAAUGGACAAACUUCAGAACCUACAACUUCCACCUCUGAUCCCUGCUAUGAUUAUACCACUCUUGAUGAAUACUGGAGAGACUUAGGACAAAACGCGUAUCAGUACUAUGGACAUGAUGACACCCUUGUUGAAUGGAGUGGCUGGUAUCGGCUGUAUUUGAACGGAGAAAGUGCUCAGAUGUCUGAGUGGUGUGUGAGUUAUGUGGGAUGUGGUGCUUACACUGGACUGUAUCUUAGCGGCUCUCAUCCAAGAGUUGAGGAUGGAGUGGUGACCCGUGAAGUUUUGGGAAGUCAUAUGUGGUGGUGGUGGGGGUAUUCCAAUCAGUGUGGAGCCUACAAUUCCACAUCUAUCCAAGUCAAAGCCUGUCCAGGAGAUUAUUAUGUCUAUGAAUUUGUCAAACCCAACAUAUCAGCCCCUGGACCUACAUAUUGUGCAGUUGCUUUCAGCAGCAUCAGCAGUGAUCCCUGCUACAACUAUGAGUCUCUGGAUCGUCCCUGGAGAGCCAACAAUGAAAGUGGAGAUUACGUUUGUGAUGACUCUUUCUCCUGGAAUGGCUGGUACCGGCUUUUCUACUAUGGAAUGAACAUCCAGAUGCCAGAAACCUGUGUUAGUUCAUACAGCUGUAACACAUACAUCAAUCUGUGGCUCAAUGGUCCUCACCCUCAGAUAGAGGAUGGAGUGGUGAUCAGAGAGGUCUGUGGUAAUUAUUAUUGGAGUGGCUGCUGUGAUUACAAGACAAACCCCAUCAGAGUGAAAGCGUGUCCAGGAAAUUACUAUGUCUAUGAACUUGUGAAACCACAAAUCGGGUGUUCAGGAUACUGCACAGAUGUCAGCACUAUUUCACAGUUGGCUUAUACUGUAAGUCCAGAUAUAAUCACUGGAUCCAGCAUCACCUUGAGUAAUGAUCCCUGCUACAACUAUGAGUCUCUGGAUCGUCCCUGGAGAGCCACCAAUGAAAACUUAGGACAAAACGCGUAUCAGUACUAUGGACAUGAUGACACCCUUGUUGAAUGGAGUGGCUGGUAUCGGCUGUAUUUGAACGGAGAAAGUGCUCAGAUGUCCGAGUGGUGUGUGAGUAAUACGGGAUGUGGUGGUUACACCGGACUAUAUCUCAGCGGCUCUCAUCCAAGAGUUGAGGAUGGAGUGGUGACCCGUGAAGUUUUGGGAAGUCAUAUGUGGUGGUGGUGGGGGUAUUCCAAUCAGUGUGGAGCCUACAAUUCCACAUCUAUCCAAGUCAAAGCCUGUCCAGGAGAUUAUUAUGUCUAUGAAUUUGUCAAACCCAACAUAUCAGCCCCUGGACCUACAUAUUGUGCAGUUGCUUUCAGCAGCAUCAGCAGUGAUCCCUGCUACAACUAUGAGUCUCUGGAUCGUCCCUGGAGAGCCAACAAUGAAAGUGGAGAUUACGUUUGUGAUGACUCUUUCUCCUGGAAUGGCUGGUACCGGCUUUUCUACUAUGGAAUGAACAUCCAGAUGCCAGAAACCUGUGUUAGUUCAUACAGCUGUAACACAUACAUCAAUCUGUGGCUCAAUGGUCCUCACCCUCAGAUAGAGGAUGGAGUGGUUAUCAGAGAGGUCUGUGGUAAUUAUUAUUGGAGUGGCUGCUGUGAUUACAAGACAAACCCCAUCAGAGUGAAAGCGUGUCCAGGAAAUUACUAUGUCUAUGAACUUGUGAAACCACAAAUCGGGUGUUCAGGAUACUGCACAGAUGUCAGCACUAUUUCACAGUUGGCUUAUACUGUAAGUCCAGAUAUAAUCACUGGAUCCAGCAUCACCUUGAUUUAUGUCAUUAUUCUCUCAGAACCUACAACUUCCACCUCUGAUCCCUGCUAUGAUUAUACCACUCUUGAGGAAUACUGGAGAGACUUAGGACAAAACGCGUAUCAGUACUAUGGACAUGAUGACACCCUUGUUGAAUGGAGUGGCUGGUAUCGGCUGUAUUUGAACGGAGAAAGUGCUCAGAUGUCCGAGUGGUGUGUGAGUAAUACGGGAUGUGGUGGUUACACCGGACUAUAUCUCAGCGGCUCUCAUCCAAGAGUUGAGGAUGGAGUGGUGACCCGUGAAGUUUUGGGAAGUCAUAUGUGGUGGUGGUGGGGGUAUUCCAAUCAGUGUGGAGCCUACAAUUCCACAUCUAUCCAAGUCAAAGCCUGUCCAGGAGAUUAUUAUGUCUAUGAAUUUGUCAAACCCAACAUAUCAGCCCCUGGACCUACAUAUUGUGCAGUUGCUUUCAGCAGCAUCAGCAGUGAUCCCUGCUACAACUAUGAGUCUCUGGAUCGUCCCUGGAGAGCCAACAAUGAAAGUGGAGAUUACGUUUGUGAUGACUCUUUCUCCUGGAAUGGCUGGUACCGGCUUUUCUACUAUGGAAUGAACAUCCAGAUGCCAGAAACCUGUGUUAGUUCAUACAGCUGUAACACAUACAUCAAUCUGUGGCUCAAUGGUCCUCACCCUCAGAUAGAGGAUGGAGUGGUGAUCAGAGAGGUCUGUGGUAAUUAUUAUUGGAGUGGCUGCUGUGAUUACAAGACAAACCCCAUCAGAGUGAAAGCGUGUCCAGGAAAUUACUAUGUCUAUGAACUUGUGAAACCACAAAUCGGGUGUUCAGGAUACUGCACAGAUGUCAGCACUAUUUCACAGUUGGCUUAUACUGUAAGUCCAGAUAUAAUCACUGGAUCCAGCAUCACCUUGAAUUAUGACCCGUGCGAAAACUACAACAUAGUCAAUAACCACUGGAGAAGCACACUCAAUUACUGGUCUAUGUAUGGAUACAUCUCUGAUCAUGAUGACACUCGUGUAGAAUGGGAUGGCUGGUAUCGACUCUUCAUUAAUGAGUCGAGUGCUCAGAUGCCUGAGUCGUGUUUUUAUUAUAUGUCAUGUGGAGGUUUCAGUUCUCUGUAUCUUGGUGGCUCUCAUCCUGAGCUAGAAGAUGGAGUUGUUACUCGUGAAAUUUACGGCUCUCGCCAUUAUCAGUGCAGUCACUACAGAUCUGAACCAAUCCAAGUUAAAGCUUGUCCAGGAAAUUAUUAUGUCUACAAAUUUACCAGACCAACUCUUUCAAUCCCAGCUCCUGUAUAUUGUGCAGUACCUUUCACCACCCCAAGUGUCGACCCCUGCUACACAUACAGCAUUCUAGAUGAGCCCUGGAGAGCCACUGAUAACUCCUAUUAUAAUAACAAUUACUACUAUGGCAUGUGUGAUUAUAAUGUGGAGUGGAAUGGCUGGUACAGACUGUUCUACAAUGGUCAAAAUGCCCACAUGCCAGAAUCAUGUGUUAAUUAUGGUAUGUGUGGCACUGAAUACCCACUGUCACUAAACGGCACUCAUCCACAGCUGGAAGAUGGAGUGGUCACCCGUCAGGUCUGUCUCCCAUGGGGUGACUGCUGUACUUACAAAUCCCACCCUAUAAGAGUCAAAGCCUGUCCUGGAAAUUACUAUGUUUAUGAGUUUGUCAAGCCAAUGUUUUGUGGAGCUUACUGUGUAGAAGCCUCAAACCAGUCCAUCGCAUCAGUGUCUACAACAACUGAGACAAUCCCACCCAUAGAAUCCAUUACUCCACCAAUCACAACCACUGCUCCACCUGUCGACCCCUGCUACAACUACAAUGACCUGGAUGAUCUAUGGAGAGCCACCAACAAUCAACAUUCCUCUCAAAUAAUGUGUGACUCUUGGGUCAGCUGGAAUGGCUGGUACCGUCUCUUCAUUCAGGGUCAAAGCGUUCAGAUGCCAGACACAUGUGUUGAUGAGUUGAGUUGUGGCACUCAUGCUCCACUGUGGCUGAACGGAGGACAUCCAACAGUUGAGGAUGGAGUGGUCACUCGAGAUUAUCGCAUUGAGGGAAAAAAUGAGCAUCGGGGUAGCACACAUGUGUCAUGGACUCGAAUGGUCAGAGUAUUUGUCUAUAAUGAAGAAAUUGAACUGGUUAAAGAUCACUAUUAUGAAGCAAAGGUUAAUGGGACCUUUAUAGCAACACCCUUCACCCUCCGCAAUGGCUCCAUCCAAGUCUAUCAGUCAGGUUUUUCCUUGGCCAUCAGCACAGAUUUUGGUCUCCUAGUUACAUAUGAUGCAUAUAGCUACGUCACCAUCUCUGUACCUUAUGACUACCAGAAUGCCACAUGUGGUCUGUGUGGUAACUAUAACUUACAUCCUGAAGAUGACUUCCGUUCAAUCUCUGGGGAGAUCUUGAGCUCGGAUGUUGACUUUGCCAACUCUUGGAAGGUAGAGGGAGACACAGAUCCCGAAUGCCAUGAUGUCAGCUGCACAGGUCUAGGUUGUGCGGUUUGUACCGCCAAUGAAAUGAGCCUUUACAGUGACACAAACCACUGUGGGAUACUAGGAGAUGUUUCGGGGCCUUUUGCAUCUUGCCACUCUGUGUUUUCGCCACAGACCUACAUAGAGAACUGUGUCUAUGAUCUUUGCUUAGGAGGAGGGUACCAGCCGAUUCUGUGCCAGGCUCUCAAUGUGUAUUCUGCCCAAUGCCAACAGCAGGGUGUACAACUAGGGCAGUGGAGACAACCAGGCUUUUGUGAGAUUCAAUGUCCUGAGCACAGCCAUUUUGAGUCCCAAGGAACAAGCUGCCCUGCAACAUGCAGCAACCCCUCUGCCCCAAUAAACUGCCCCCUGCCCAAUCAGGAGAGCUGUAUUUGUGAUGAUGGAUACAUAUUCAGCGCUGGGCAAUGUGUGCCUGAAGCAAACUGUGGCUGCGUCUUUGAGGGCUUCUAUUACUCUGAGGGACAGUCAGUAGUGUUGGGCGAGGACUGUGGAAGGCUAUGCAUUUGCAAUAGCAGGUCAAUGUUGUGCGCUCAGCACCAGUGUGGUCCAGCUGAAGUGUGUGGACUCCAUAAUGGUGUAAGGGGUUGCAGACCCAUCAGUUAUGGUACCUGUUCAGUUGAAAGCCUGGGUUCAUACCACACCUUUGAUGGACAAACUUUCAGAUACCCAGGAGCUUGUGCACUGACCCUGGCAAGAGUUAUGGGGCCAUCCCAACUGACAUACUUUGUAUUAACAGUUGAGAAAGUACCCAGAGGCCUUCAAGACUUUUCCAGGUUCCUGAAGUUUGAGGCAGGAGGAACUCAUGUUUCCAUUGAAUUGGGAGAAGGUAGCAAUGUACAGGUGGAUGGACAGAUGGUUGGUCUACCUAUCAGUGUUGGUUCCAGUCAAAUCCAUAUCUAUCACAGCAGUGCAAGAGGUUUUGUUUUGGAGACAAACUUUGGAGUGACUGUUAGAGCUGAUUGGCCCCACAUUGUUCGAAUCACUGCGCCAACCACUUACAAUGGUACACUUGGAGGUCUGUGUGGGAACUUGAAUGGAAACAUUGAAGAUGAAUUCUACAGCCCGGAUGGUGUCCUGCUGGAUGACUCCCAGCUUUUUGCAGACAGCUGGCGUGAUGGAUCCCUGUCAGCCCACUGUGAGGACCCAACUGACAUGUGGGAACCAGAUCAUUAUCAGAACAGGAGCGAGUUCAGAGAGCGCUGCAGCAUCAUGGCCAUGAAUGAUGGACCAUUUGCUGAGUGUAGCAGAACACUAGACCCUUGGCAACGGAUUGAAGAUUGCAUUCAGAUGCUGGAGCAGACGGCCGGUGCCAGGGAGGCUCUAUGUGAGGCCCUGCGAGGCUAUACACUGCACUGCCAACAGAAUGGCAUCGCAGUCGGAGAGUGGAUGAGUAUCACCCACUGUGAUCCAAACUGUCCAGCAAAUACCCAUUUCGAAUUGUGUGGCACAUCCUGUCCUGCAUCCUGCCCUAGCCUCUCAUUUCCCUUCCAGUGCACGCUGCCAUGCCAGGGGGGAUGCCAGUGCAAUGAUGGACUGGUGCUGGAUGGAGAUCGCUGUGUUUACCCCACUGGCUGCGGCUGCCGCUAUGAUGGGCGUUAUCGGCAGCCUGGAGAGCAGUUCUGGCAUGGUGAAGAGUGUCAGUUCCUUUGUGUCUGUGAUGGAAUCACUGGAAAUGUCCGUUGCACACCAUCAUCUUGCAGUGAACAGGAGAUCUGCCGUGUGGUGGAGGGGGAGUAUGGCUGCCAUCCUCAUCCACAUGGUAGCUGUUAUGCUUCAGGAGACCCCCAUUAUAAGUCUUUUGAUGGAACCUAUUUUGACUUUCAAGGCAGAUGCCGAUACGUGCUGGCCAAAGUAUGUGAUGAUACUCGUGGUCUACCGCACUUCCAGGUGGAUGCAAGAAAUGAUGGCUGGCAUGAAUGGCCAGUGUCAAUAACUGUCGAAGUUUUUGUCAAUGUCUCAGGGCACCUUGUGCACAUGUCACAGGACAUGAACGGUUAUUCUGCUGUUAAGGUUGAUGAAGAGAUCAGAAACCUUCCCGUCUACCUUGACUCUGGUCGGGUCUCUGUCUACUCCACAGGACAGUUUAUAUAUGUCUCAACUGACUAUGGUUUCGGUGUCAGUUAUGGUGGUUCCUGGGAGUUAAACAUUGUUGUGCCAGCAGACUACAAUGGAGUUGUUUGUGGCAUUUGUGGCAACUUCAAUGGCCUUCCCGAGGAUGACUUCCUCACUCCUUCAGGUGAUCUGGCACAUUCAGCAGACCAGUUUGGGGCAGAAUGGAUGGUUGCGGAUGACAUGUCAUACAAUCAUGACUGUGGAGGCGGUGAUAUUCCUGGCUAUUGCCAAGAUGAGAGCACAACUCUAAUCUCACAAGCCUUGUGUGAGAUCAUCAGGGACAGUCAGGGUCCCUUUAGCUUCUGCCAUGGUUCUGUUGAUCCACAGGCCUACUUUAAUAACUGUGUGUUUGAUGUGUGCAUUUCUGAGAACAGUAAUGAUGUCUUGUGUCACUCUGUCCAAGCCUAUGUGAGUGCUUGUCAAUCUGCCAAUACUGUUGUCUAUCCCUGGAGAGAAAAUGUAUCCUGUGUCAUGGACUGCUCCUCAAACAUCCCAAACAGCCAUUAUGAGGUGUGUGGCACAGACUGUAGCCAUACAUGUGCCAGCAGCAUUGAUGCUAGUUGUGAACACACAUGCUCAGAAGGUUGUUUCUGUGAUGAGGAAUUUGUGAGGAGUGGAGGACUCUGUGUACCAGUGGAGCAAUGUGGCUGCUUGUAUGAUGGAUUCUACUAUAAUAUUGGUGAACAGUUCUGGGAUUCAACAUGUUCCCAACGCUGUCAGUGUUUUGCUCCAAAUGAUCUACGCUGCUCUGCAUCUGUCUGCCCAUCGACCAUGGAUUGUGCGGUCAGAAAUGGACAUCGUGACUGCUACAGUCCAAUGUCCACCUGCACAGUCUGGGGUGACCCCCACUACAUCACCUUUGAUGGAGCUGUGGCCCACUUUCAGGGAACUUGUUCAUAUGAGAUUGCUCAGACCUGUGGUAAUGUAACUGACAAUGAUCUGGAGUUCCGUGUGGUGGCCACCAACAGGCACCGUGGGAACAUGGUGGUAUCAUUUGUGUCUGCAGUGGAUGUUUGGUUGUCUCAGCAUGGACAACAGAUGCACAUCACAAUUGGGCAGAACAGGAGAGUUAAAGUUGAUGGGAAUGCCAUCGACACACCAGCAUAUCAAAACAAUGAUCUUGUAGAGAUACGUGAGGAGCAGGGAUUCAUAAUUCUAAAUGCUUUCAAUGAAUUCAUUGUCCAUUUUGAUGGACUUAGCAGCCUUCUAGUCAGAGUGAGUGAAAGAUUCUAUGGCUCUCUAUGCGGAAUGUGUGGAAAUUUCAACGGUAAUCCUGCAGAUGACAAAGUGCUGCCCAGUGGAGACCCCGCUCCUGAUGAUGAUUCCUUUGGCCACAGCUGGCAAUCAGACACCAGCAUUCCAGGUUGUGGUGCCAGAGACCAGACUGGGAAUGCUGAUGAGUGUCCAUCCAGGCAGAGAUACUCUGAUCUCUGUAGCAUUAUCACCAACACCACUGGCCCCUUCCAGAACUGCCAUCUUCAUGUUGACCCUGCACCUUACUACUACUCUUGUGUGUAUGAUCUGUGUCUGUACACACGUGCUAAUGGCAUGUUAUGCUCAGCUGUUGAGGCCUAUGAGACAGCUUGUGCCAUCUUAGAGAUACAGAUCCCAGAAUGGCGCUCGGGUCUGCGGUGUGAUGUGAGAGAUCGCUGCUCUGAGCUCAGCUGCUCUGAGGAUGAGUGGUGUGGGAAGAAAAGUGGUGUUUAUGGCUGUUUGUGUAACGAUGACCUACCCAGACCAGAAGCUGACUCUUUUGAUUUCUCAGAAACCUGUGAAAGCAGCUCUGGCUCCAUGUCUGUGUCUCGCUGUCAGCUCUUUGAGGCUGGUUUUCCAGCUGACGUGUUACACCUCAAUGAUUCCAGCUGCAAAGGAACGGUCCGGAAUGGCAGAGUGGAAUUCCAUUUUGAUAACGAUGAACACAUUUGUGGCACAAAUCUUCUGGCCAACGGCACCCACUUCAUCUAUAGUAACUUUAUUCUGGGGACACCGAGGUCAGAAGGCCUCAUCAGCAGAGAUAAAAUUCUUAAGCUUUCUUUCAGCUGUGUUUAUCCUCAAACACAAACACUUUCCAUGAAUGUGGAAAUCAACCCACUGGAGAGCAUUGUGCACAAGACGCUCCCCGCUGGUGAAGGCAGAUAUCAGGUUCGGAUGAUUCCAUAUGAGGAUGAUGAGUUUACCCGGCCCUUCACUGGUAAAGUGGAUGCAGAGCUCGACCAGAAGAUGAAUGUGGAAGUUCGUGUCGAGGGGGUUGACAGCCGCCAGUUUGCCCUGGUGAUGGAGACGUGUUGGGCUACACCUGUGAAUGAUCCUGAUCACAGUCUCCGCUGGGAUCUCAUCGUCAGAGAGUGUCCCAAUCCAAAUGACGACACAGUGGAGCUGCUGCAGAACGGCGUCUCGACAUCCAGCCGUUUCUCCUUCAGGAUGUUUAUCUUCACUGCAAACUCCUCUAAGCUUUACCUGCACUGCGCUGUUCACCUGUGCCUUCUGUCAAGCAAUCGCUGCUCAACUGACUGUAACUCUGAACACCACUGGAGAGAGCACAGGUCUCUGGACUUCCAUGACAGUGCUUCCAUAUCCAUGGGUCCUCUGAUGUUGUCUGAAGGGAACACAGAUGAGUGGAUCCCAGAGAAAGUGAAGGCAUCUGAGGCUUCUCAUCUCUGUGGUUCUCUGAUGCUGUUGCUUGUUCCUCUGAUGAGUUUCCUGACCCUACUUUAAUGUUUUUCUUCAAAUAUAAUGUAAUCUUUUAUAUGCAUAAUUUCUAAUGCCAUUUUAAUGAAUAUUUGAGUGUUUGUAAAUUUCUCCUUGUCAUAAAUGUU